CAGGGCCGAAGCAAGGUAAGGAACGCCGUAGACGACGACGAAGGCAUAAAACGCAAUGGCCGAUACCAAGUCAGCACCCACCAACCCUAUGAGGGAGCUCCGCAUCGAGAAGCUCGUUAUCAACAUCUCCGUUGGCGAGUCUGGUGAUCGUCUCACCCGUGCCUCGAAGGUGCUCGAACAAUUGACCGGUCAAACCCCCGUCACCUCGAAAGCCCGCUACACCGUCCGCACGUUCGGUAUCCGUCGUAACGAAAAGAUCGCGGUGCACGUCACCAUCCGGGGUCCCAAGGCGGAGGAGAUUCUUGAGCGUGGUCUCAAGGUCAAGGAGUACGAGCUCCGCCGCCGCAACUUCUCCGAGACUGGCAACUUCGGUUUCGGUAUCCAGGAGCACAUCGAUCUCGGUGCUCGCUACGACCCUGGUAUCGGUAUCUUCGGUAUGGAUUUCUACGUUGUGAUGGGCAGGCCCGGGUCGAGGGUGGCGAAGAGGAAGGUUAAGACGGCGAGGAUUGGGCCGACGCACAAGGUGAAGAAGGAUGACACCAUGUCUUGGUUCAAGUCGCGGUUCGACGGUAUUAUCCUCAAAUAAACUGUCGGUCGUUGCUUUUUCCUAUGUCACUUCUUUUCUGCCGCUAUGAUAUUACUGCCACGCCAUGUACCAGCAUGCACACCCACCAAAAUGCAUCCCCUCCUUCUCGGGUCUCUGUAAGAUAGUGUGUGAACCGUUCCUUGUUGGUUCUGAC